UACUAUCCGGUGACAGUUUUACUCCCAUAAGCCGCUCGUUUGUUUUUUUUUAUGUGAAUUUCAUUGCAAUCCAAUAAUACAAAUACUUAUGUGUCUCGAAUAUUGCGACUAAAAUUUGACCGGUGCGUUUAUUCUAUUUUUAUCAACAUAAAGUCGCCGGUUUAUUCAACAACAUUUUCUGCUCAAACUAUAAAGAAUAUCAAAAUUCAAAAGAAACGUAGUAGAAUUGCAUUGCAAGUGACAGCAAAAAAUUCGAUAUUCGAACAUUUCGUGUUCUUGAAAGCAGCGCCAAAAAACCAUUCGUUUCCUUUAUCCAGAAACAUCACAUCAGAUCUGAAUAAAAUUUUCUAACGGAAAGACGUCCUGUGCUGGUAGUUUUAAUUUCUGAUUCACGAUUUGUUGCUUCGUUCUCAGUAUGUCUACGAAAUCCAAACCCGUAAUGGAAACAACUGAAGGUGAGGUCAAAGCUAAUGGUCGACCGACUCGAAAUUUGAAACCUGUCUCUUACAAAGAGAUUCCGACUAAUAAAAGAAGUCCGACAUCCGAUAAAGCCGAGCCGAAGGAUAAAAAGAAGAAGAAAGUCAACGGAAAUUCCAACGUUGACGAGCCAACAAAAAAGUCGGGCAAAAAGAAGGUCGCCGAUCCCAUUAGUGAGCCGGACGAACAAAAUGGAGAUGAACACGACGAGGUGAUGCCAGAAUCUCGACAACAAUUGGAUGUACCUGCUGCGGACAAAGUGACUGCAAAUUCGAAGAAAGCAAAUGCGCGUAAAAAGAAGGCUGAUGAAGGAAGUGACAAUGCUGAUGUCGACGAUUUCAGUGACAAAAAAGCUCAGAAGGGCCCGAAAGCUCCAACACGGGGAAAGGGAAAAGAUGCAGUCGAACAAACUACAAAUGGUGAAGGUUCGUCGAAGUCCGAAGACGUUCCAACCAAAAGAGGCAAAAAGGCUAUGCCAGCUUCAGCGGAAACGACGACCGAUAAUCAAGAUGCGAACAUUGAACCAGUGGUAUCUAAGCCAGUUACAUCAAAGCCGGGAAAAGGCAAAAAGGCUGCGCCAGCUGCAGAGGAAGUUAAGACUGACAGUCUAGGUGAAGCGCCUGAACCACCAGUCGUAUCUAAGCCGCCUGCAUCAAAACCGGCAAGAGGCAAGAAAGCAAUUGAAUCGGAAAGUGCCAGUGAUAGUCAAGACAAACCAGUUGCAUCGAAGAAUUCCAGAGGCAAGAAAGCAGACAAGGAAGAGUCAAAUGAUGCGAAAGUUGAAAGUGAUAGCCCGGGCGAGGCACCCGCUAAAUCCAAGUCAGCAAAGACAACCAAAGGCAAGAAAGGUGUGAAGGAAUCCAACGAUGUGGUGGACGAUGAUGAGAGUGCUGAGACAUCAAGUAAAGCCACCAAAGGACGGCCGAAGAAACCUACUGCCAAAGAUCAACCAAGCUCACAGCCUACACUUAAAGGCAAAAAACGAAAACAGGCAGAGCCACAACAAAAUAUAGUUCCAAAACGAAGUAAAACAGCGUCAACAUCUGAAACAUCUGUCGACGUCCUACAAUCGCCAAAUACCGAAUGGAAUACGAAAAUAACAACUUGGAACGUAGCUGGGCUUCGUGCUGCUGUCAAGAAAAACUGCUUGGAAUAUUUAAAAGCAGAAAAUUCUGACAUCAUUUGCCUUCAAGAGACAAAAUGCAUGGAGGAGCAAGUACCGACUGAGAUCAAUGAAAUUAAGGGUUACCACAAGUAUUGGCGAGGCGAGAAGGGAGGCCAAGCUGGCGUUUCACUCUUUUCUAAAAUAAUGCCAUACGAUGUGAAAUUCGGAUUCGAUGACCCGGAAAUGGACCAGGAAGCGCGGUUAAUUACUGCCGAAUACACAAAAUUCUAUUUAGUGUGCGUUUACGUUCCUAAUGCCGGUCGAAAAUUGAUCAAUUUGCAAAGGAGACUGACCUGGGACGCAAAGUUUCAAGAUUAUGUGGAAUCAUUAAACGGAAAGAAACCCGUGAUAAUAUGCGGGGACAUGAACGUGGCUCAUCAUGAAAUUGAUCUGGCCAACCCGACAUCAAAUAAAAAAAGUGCUGGCUUCACGCUGGAGGAAAGAAAUAGUUUUACGAAUUUGUUGAGCAAAGGCUUUGUCGACACAUACCGCGAGAUUUAUCCAAACCAAGCAAAAGCCUACACAUUCUGGACAUACCUAGCGAACGCUAGGUCUAAAAAUAUUGGCUGGAGAUUGGACUAUUUCAUUGUAUCUGAAAAACUGAUGACGAACGUCGUCGAUAACUCGAUUCGAUCGACAGUGCUGGGCAGUGACCACUGUCCAGUCACUCUAUUUUUGAAAUUGUAAAUUUUUUGUAGUUUUUUCUUGGUUUAUUUUAUUUAUAUUUUUUUUUGUGGAGCAAUAAAUGGAUGCGAAUAGA